AUUCGUCUCCACUUCUGUUUAUCCUCCCGAGUCUCGUCGACCUCACAGCAGGGGCAGUCGCUUCUCCUUCCCUCCAUCGUCGCAUUCGUCGAGAUGGAGUGAUCCAGUUCGGUAGCUUCCGCCGGAGCGAUGGCCAUCGGAGCUCUGAUUUCCAACCGCAACUUCGGCGCUUCCGUCGGCUCAGGCAAGUUAUGGCAAGCAGAGAGACGAACUUCACCUCACGGAGGAUGUCGUGCGGUGACAUCGGUGGCUCUGUUUCCUGGGAGCAUUUUCCAUGCAAAUUUGUGCACACGCGGGACCUACUUAUAUACAUCCAAUUACUCAAGUUGUGCUCUCUGUGUUGCUGUUCCCUUUGAUGGAGGAAUCUCCAGAAGUGCAGGUACUUUGCCUGACGAAAGUAAUUGCAGCACUCUUGCUCAGUAUAGAAGUAGAGGAAGAUGUUACUGCUGUACUUCCCCGAGUUCUUGUCAUGUCAGCCGGUCUAGACUCCAUGCACCACAGGUUCUCGGUACAAAAAAUGGACCGGUCAGGCAAUCUGAGCUUGUUAAGGUCAAUAGAACUCGUGCUCAUUAUAAGUCAGACGAGUGUGAAAUUUCAGAAGCAAGGUUGGAAGCGCUGACUGUCCCGGAAGGGGCGAGCGAUGCUCUUUUGGUUGAGGGAAGUGCACAAGAAACAUCGCCAUGGUGGGAGCAGUUUCCAAAGCGCUGGGUGAUUGUUCUGCUCUGUUUCAUGGCGUUUCUACUAUGCAACAUGGACAGGGUCAACAUGAGCAUUGCCAUACUUCCAAUGUCACAAGAGUUUGGUUGGAAUAGUGCAACGGUGGGGUUAAUUCAAUCCUCUUUCUUCUGGGGCUAUCUACUUACUCAGAUUGUUGGAGGCAUAUGGGCUGAUAAAAUUGGAGGGAAGUCGGUGUUGGGUUUUGGAGUUAUUUGGUGGUCAGUAGCAACGGUUUUGACACCUAUUGCAGCAAAACUCGGACUUCCCUUUUUGCUAAUUAUGCGUGCUUUUAUGGGGAUCGGUGAGGGUGUAGCUAUGCCUGCUAUGAACAACAUACUUUCAAAGUGGAUUCCAGUUUCAGAGAGAAGCAGAUCACUGGCUCUAGUCUAUAGUGGCAUGUAUCUUGGUUCUGUGGCAGGGUUGGCCUUAUCGCCCAUCCUGAUCCACAAGUUCGGCUGGCCAUCUGUUUUCUACUCGUUUGGCUCUCUCGGAAGCAUAUGGUUUGCACUGUGGCUGAGAAAAGCAUAUAAUUCACCCAAGGAGGACCCAGGGCUCACUGCAAAUGAAAAACGGCUAAUCUUAAGUGGCAGCAUGUCAAAGGAACCUGUAUCUGUCAUUCCGUGGAAACUAAUUUUAUCAAAAGCGCCUGUUUGGGCUCUAAUAAUCUCGCACUUCUGCCAUAAUUGGGGAACUUUCAUUCUUCUAACGUGGAUGCCCACGUACUACAACCAGGUUUUGAAGUUCAACCUCACCGAAUCUGGCCUCUUCUGUGUCUUGCCAUGGUUGACAAUGGCCAUAUUUGCAAACUUAGGAGGAUGGAUUGCAGAUACACUUGUCAGCAAAGGUUUCUCAAUCACCAAUGUCCGGAAGAUCAUGCAAUCGAUUGGGUUUCUGGGCCCAGCCUUCUUUCUAACACAGCUGAGCCACGUGAAGACACCUGCUCUAGCAGUGUUGUGUAUGGCAUGCAGUCAGGGAUCUGAUGCAUUCUCGCAGUCUGGUCUCUAUUCCAAUCACCAAGACAUUGGGCCGCGCUAUGCUGGAGUACUGCUAGGACUCUCAAAUACCGCAGGAGUGCUUGCUGGGGUUUUUGGUACAGCCGCAACAGGAUACAUACUUCAACGAGGUUCUUGGGAUGAUGUGUUUAAGGUGGCUGUUGCACUAUACCUCAUUGGCACAUUAGUAUGGAACUUAUUUUCAACUGGAGAGAAAAUUCUUGACUGAGAAAUGACCAUCAGGGGAAAAAAAAAAUGCUGCUCAAAUAACUUAAAGGCAUCGAGUUAGCGAGCUACACGAGUAUAAGGAAAAUAGUGAAACGAGCUACUCAAAACUCAGGCAGGGGCAAGACCUUAUAAAGCGCGGUUACAUAUGGAUACCGAUUCACAGUUCAUCUCACCAAUUUGAGACCCUCAGAUGCGACAGGAUCCUGACGACUUUGUCAGCUCCGAGCAAAUUCUUUCCGCAGGUUCUUUAAUUGUAUACGGGAAACUUAAGGUUUAUACAGUGUCAGGGUGAAUUUAAACCACCCCAAACACUUCGGUUGACCCGUACAGUGCACCUCAUUUAUCAGGGACUCAAAAAUCAUUUUCCAGGGAAGUCUGAUAAAUUUGCCUCCACAGAUGCAUCUAACUCUGUAUUACUCAUGUCCAGUUUAUUUUAUGUUCAAUACACGUGUAUAUUUAUCGAUGUA